CGUUGCUUCCUCCAGCCCCCAACCGCGCCACUGGACCAGCGACACAUCCGGGGCCCGGGGAAGAAGAAACAAGCUCCCAAGAUCCGGACAACGCUGACGGCGAGUCCGUAACCGCAACGCAGCGGUUAUUGGGGAUCCACUGCUUCUGCACCUCGACGCAGGCACUUUUCAAGCUCCAGCAUGAGGUCAAAGAAGAUGUUUGGUUUCUCCAUUUCGCUUAUCCUCAUCAACCUAGCUUCUAUAUUGGAACGAGCUGAUGAGAAUCUCCUCCCAGCUGUUUACAAGGAAGUCAGUGCUGCUUUUGAUGCUGGUCCUACUGAUCUGGGGUACCUUACAUUUAUGAUGAACUUUCUGAAGUCCAUAGCAUCUCCCUUGGCAGGUGUCCUUGCUCUUCACUAUGACCGCCCUGCAGUUCUUGCCCUAGGGACUGCUUUCUGGGCUUUAUCAACGGGAGCUGUUGGUGUAAGCCAGUAUUUUGGGCAGGUUGCAUUCUGGAGAGCUGUAAAUGGUUUUGGACUUGCAAUUGUAAUACCAGCACUUCAAUCCUUCAUUGCUGAUAGUUACAAAGAUGGCACACGUGGAGCAGGAUUUGGUUUGCUAGCGCUUAUUGGUUCGGUAGGUGGUAUAGGAGGUAGUGUUUUGGCGACAAUCGUGGCUGGAGGGGAUUAUUAUGGUUUGCCAGGAUGGCGGCUUGCAUUUAUAUUGGUUGCAUUUGUGAGCUUUGUAAUUGGACUUCUUGUAUACCUUUACGCUGUUGAUCCUAGAAAAACUUCUCCAAGCCAUUAUGGUGGUGAUGAGGACAAUGAGAGGUCACAUUUGGUUAGCAAUGGUAUCCUUCCUCCGCAUUCUAUCUGGAAGGAUUCAUGGAUGGCGGCGAGAUCAGUAAUGAAAGUGCGGACAUUUCAAAUCAUUGUAUUGCAAGGCAUUGUUGGCUCUUUGCCAUGGGCUGCUGUAGUUUUCUUCACCAUGUGGUUUGAACUCAUUGGUUUCAACAACAGCAGCUCAGCAGCGCUGAACAGCUUUUUUGCUAUUGGGUGUGCCAGUGGAUCAUUUCUAGGUGGUGUGAUAGCAGACCGCCUAUCAAGAUACUAUCCAGAUUCUGCUCGAAUCAUGUGUGCGCAGUUUAGCGCCUUCAUGGGCAUCCCCUUUUCAUGGAUCCUCCUUACAGUCAUUCCCCAGUCUGUUGAUUACUGGUUGGCCUAUGCUGUCACACUCUUCUUAAUGGGCAUCACCAUAAGCUGGUGCGCUACUUGUGCAAACAACCCCAUGUUCGCAGAGGUAGUCCCUCCCAAGCACCGCACGAUGAUCUAUGCCUUUGAUCGUGCAUUUGAAGGCUCAUUUGGCUCACUGGCUGCACCUGCCGUUGGCAUCGUCACUGAAAGGAUUUAUGGCUACAAUGCAAAGACUAUUGAUCUAGCGCAUGGAUCAGUGGAUGGAGCUUAUGCACUCUCCAGAGGUCUAUUGGCUAUGAUGAUUGUCCCUUUUGCUCUGUGUCUCAUGUUUUACACCCCAUUGUACACUGUGUUCAAGCGUGACCGAGAUAACGCUAGAUUGGCCAGCAUCAAAGAACAGGAGCUCAUAUGAAAGGUUUCUGACGAGGAAUACUGAUGUGGUUUCUUGAUUCAGUUGGUGCCAGUUUCUAGGUUUGAUUAUUAACAUUUACAACACUGCCAACCUGGAAGUUUUGAUUGAAGUACUUUGGUUGAUGGCUAGGAAAUUCGCUUUUCAUGUUUCUUCAGGCUGAUGUCAUACAAGAGCACAUGUUUUUUUUAUACAAGUGAUUGAUUGGAUAACCUCAUUCACUCUCAAUGUAGUCAGUCGUUUGUACGUGUAGACCUUAUUUGAAGAGAGGAUAUCGCAAUUACUUUUUUUUUGUAGAUAGAUAGUUGGCACUUGCCACCUACAUUCUCAUUGUGUUUCUAUACACAAUAUGUAAACUUGUAUUGGAUUGCCUGAACCAUGAGGCCAAGGCAAUGGUAAUCUUUAGCAGAAAUAUUGUACCAGAUUCAGUUUAUCAAUCUUAGAAGAUUUAUACUUUUUUGACAAA